AUGGACAAAGAUAGACAACCACUAAAUAUAAAUGAAGCUAUAGGCUGUUGGCAGUGUGGUGUAUUUCAUCGAGGUAUUAGAGACGAGUGUAACUUGGCCGACAGACAAUUAUUCAACUGUUCUGCUUGCCUUAAGACAUAUACCAAAACACAUCUGCAUGAUUCUUGGAGGAAAUUUCGGUACACGGAAAAAGUAUCAAAGACAUGUGUUCGCAGAAAUUCGUACAAAAAGAGUGCUGGGUGUUAUGGUAAGACGUCUGCUGGUGGAUAUAUGAAGCAGUGCUAUUGUUACGAAGAAUUCUGUAAUAGGGGAACACAGCUGAGAUACAAUUUUUACGUGGUAGCAGCCUUCACUUUACUCUUCAAAUUUAUUUAUUGUGAUUUUAUUUUGUAAUGGUUUAAAAAAAAAUCAUUCAUUAACGCGUAAAAAGCAGGAUAAAAGUUUAGUUUACGAUUUUUUUUUCUUUGUGACAACAGUGCGGAUGUUAAAAAUCAUAACUGUAUAUAAAGCCAAAACUGCAUCGAUAGUCUAUACUUCUGAAAGCUGGUAUCUUUUUCUUUAUUUUGAACAACAGAACUUAUAUCAGAGCAACUUUAUAGAGAAAGAAAG